AUGAGGGCGAUACCGGGGGUGGUUAUUUUGAUCAAGAUGUUUCACGUAAAAAAACUUGCACAUGCCAUUAUUUUACACGAGUAUCCACUCUCUACAGUUGAUCAUGUGGGAUUUAGGAACUUUAUUGCGAGUCUUCAACCUAUGUUUAAGAUGGUUUCCAGAAAUACAAUCAAGAAUGACAUAAUAAAAAUCUUUGACAAUUUGAAAUUGCAAACUUCUAUGUUGUUGGAAAAAGUCUCGAGUAGAAUUGCAACAACAAUCGAUAUGUGGACUUCCAAUAGUAACAAAAAAGGGUUCAUGGCUAUUACUGGUCAUUUCAUUGAUGAUUCAUGGAGGCUUCAAAGUCAUAUUUUGAGAUUUGCUUAUGUCCCUGCUCCACAUGAUAAAGAUGUUUUGUGUGGUGCUUUGGUUAAUUGUUUGUUUGAUUGGAAUCUUGAACAAAAACUAUCGACUAUCACAGUUGAUAAUUGUAGCACAAAUAAUGCUAUGAUUAAAACUUUACUGGAUGAGAAACUUAAUAAAAAAGAUUUGUUGUUGAGUGGUCGAGUAUUUCAC